AUGGAAGACGCUCACGUUCAUUUAUUAUCAUUGCCAGAAGAUAAAAAUUGUGCUUUUUUCGCUGUUUAUGAUGGACAUGGAGAACAGGGAAAUGUUGAAAGUGCAAUACGGAAAGGAUAUAUUGAAUUUGAUAAAGAAAUGUCACAAGAUGAUGAUAUGCGAGAAGAUUUGGCUGGCACAACUGCGUUGAGUGUUCUUAUUAAAGAUCAAAAGUUAUAUUGUGGAAAUGUUGGAGAUUCGCGAGGAAUCGCUUCCGUAAACGGAAAUGUUGAAUUGUUAUCAAUUGAUCACAAACCAAAUAAUGAUGAUGAACGAAAAAGAAUAACGUCCGCGGGCGGAUGGGUAGAAUUCGGACGUGUUAAUGGCAAUUUGGCAUUGUCACGUGCAUUGGGUGAUUUUAUAUUUAAACGCAAUACAGACAAACGCCCCGAAGAACAAGUAGUUACAGCGUUUCCCGAUGUUAUGGUUAAGAAUAUGAAUGAGGACUGGGAAUUUAUAUUAUUAGCAUGUGAUGGAAUUUGGGAUGUAUUGAGCAACGAAGAAGUACUCAAAUUUGUUCGUGCAAGAAUCGCACAACAAAUGCAACCCGAGCAUAUUUGUGAGGAGUUAAUGACACGUUGUUUAGCACCAAAUUGUCAAAUGGGUGGUUUGGGAUGCGAUAACAUGACUGUUGUUUUAAUAUGUUUGUUACAUGGCCAGUCGUUUUCUACAUUAGCCGAGAAAUGUUCCAAGGGCAUGUCGAAUGGUGAUACCAGUAAUCCAGAUUUGAAAUAA